ACUCCGAUUUUGUAUCAAUAGUUUUGUUAAACUAUUCAUAUGAAGAGAUAGUGUGAUGGAAUCGCUUUAUCCAGGUGGUAGCCAAUUGUAUCAAAGGAAAAUUUUAGCCGUUGCAUUCAAAAGUAAAGGACCACUUUUAUGACAAGGAACCAGAAAACUAGAAAUACAUCAACGCAAACUAAAUGUUAAAAUAUCAACAAUAUUUUGUUAUACACCUAGCUACUACGAAAAUCGAACUCGAGCAGGAACUUUAAGAGGAAGUUUGAUGUAAGUGGAUGAAUGUGUACUCGGCUGAGGUCAGAUCGUUAGGCAGGAGACGGGCGGGCGCCUGCGGCCGGUCUUCGUGGCAGCUGAGAUCACUGCGCUUGCGUGUCAACGAGUAGCAAUGCGCUUGCGUGGCAGCAUCGAGCGCUGUGCUGGCUAUGCCGGCGGCAGUCCGCGGCCGCACUAUGGAGCCGCCGCACGAGCCCGCGCCCUUCGCGCCCCCCGCGCCCGCUGUGCGUCCCCUGGUGCGCCCCGACGAGACCGGCGAGGUCGACACCUCCAGGUACCCAGCCCCGAAGGAUGCGACGCACAAGGUGCGCGGGCGCAGCGACCUGCUGGAGCUGAUGUGUGGCCCCGGCGCUGUCGACCCCGAGCUUCUCACCGUCAAGACGUUCUACUUUUUCUUCUACUCCGCAUUCGGCUCCCUCUUCCCCUUGAUGGGCGUCUACUUCAAGCAGAUGGGCAUGAACGCAGGACAAUGCGGCUUACUCAUCGGGACCCGGCCUUUCGUUGAAUUCUUAUCAGCUCCAUUCUGGGGAGGUCUAGCAGACCGUUGGCAGAAGGGACGCACUUUACUGCUUGCUUCUCUUGGCGCUUGGAUAAUCUUCACGUUGCCGCUGAGCUGGGUCCAGCCUAGCGCUGUGGCCUGCAUCCACCCGAUCAACAAGACUGACUACCGCCUCGACACUCCCAGCUAUGACGACGAGUGGACGAAGAACGAGUUUCGCUCCUUCCACAGGUCGGCGGCGGCAGCUCACGUCGGGUCGCCGCUUCCGGUAGAUGACGCUAUCGACUAUGAUCCAAAUACCAACGGCAACUGGGUCACUCCUCUCCACUCCUUUAUCGUAUACAGUACGCCGGAUAUUCAGAAGACCUUCUUUUUACUUCUGUUACUGGUGGUUAUUGGCGAGUUCUUUAGUGCUCCUGCAAUAACUCUUGCGGACUCUGCUGUUAUUACUUUGUUGGGAGAGGAUGCGGAUAGAUACGGCCACCAGCGCAUGUUCGGUUCGCUGGGCUGGGGUCUGGCAAUGUUCUUCGUGGGCAUUGCGUUGGACCACAGCACGGCGUUUAGCAAACACCCCUGCGGUGGCCCGCAGCGCUACGAGAAGAACUACACCAUCUGCUUCGCUACGUUCUCUGUGCUCAUGGGAGCCGCACUGAUCACUGCAACACAGGUGAAGUUCAAGUACGAGGAGCUGCCGCCAGAACCUAUGGUGACCGCCGCACCGCAGUCUCCGACCCAUGAGGAGAAGCUGCAGCAGCAGCUGGCGGAACAACUCCAGCUACCAGGACUCGACACUAGCGCCCCUGCGCGCCCACAGCCCACACUUGAACAAGCUAAGGUGUUCGCGCAGACAACGCGUGAGAUGCCGGAGUGGGUGACAGUGCUGCGCCAGUUCCAGAACGUGAAGGCCGCCUCCUUCUUACUGGUCGCUUGGUUCAUGGGCUUCGGCAUUGGGCUCAUCUUUACAUUCCUCUUCUGGCAUCUGCAGGACAAAGGCGGAUCCCCCACGUUGUUCGGCGUUGCUUCCGUCAUCAACCACAUCUCUGAGAUCUUCGCAUACUUUUUCAGCUUUAAAUUGAUCACUCAAAUGGGACAUGUUAAGGUGCUGUGCCUUGGUCUUGCGGGCAACGUGCUCCGGUUCCUGUACAUAGCGUGGCUGCCGGACCCGUGGUGGGUGCUGCCUUUCGAGUUCGUGCAGGGCGUGACGCACGCGGCGGUGUGGGCGGCUUGCUGCUCGUACAUCGCACACGGCGCUCCGCCGCGCCUCCGCUCCUCCGCACAGGGCGUGCUGCAGGGACUUCACCACGGCCUCGGCCGCGGCUGCGGCGCCGUUCUCGGCGGCAUCGCCGUCACACGAUGGGGCACUACCAGGACUUUUGCAGGCUACGGGUUGCUGUGCGGAGUGGCGCUGGCGGCGUUCGCGUUCGUGAACUUCCGCGACGGCGGGGAGGCGGCGGGCGGGGCGGGGGCGGGCGGCGCGGCGGAGGAGGAGGCGCGCGCGCUGGCGGAGGCGGGCGUGCUGGCGCCGCACGGCGUGCCCUCCAACCCGCUGCCUCGCGCGCUCUCCUCCACGCGCCUCGCAGACCUCGCCAACCAUGAGACCUACGGCGCUACACAAGUAAACCUACCCCUAUUUUUUGCCAGAUUAUCGACCAUUAUCAUGAUCCAUAUCAAAUAAACUUCGUUUCACUGAACCAUUUGUAAUUUUGUUGCAGAGUUAUGCUGGCGCAGACAGCCUGAGCGUACCGGGCGCUCCGCCCCCGCGACCUUCCAACCCCUUCUUAUCGGAGCAGGCCGCCCCCGCCCCCGGCCCCGCAUACAGAUAAGCGCCCCAGCUGCUCCAACUAGCCGAGUCAACCCUCCAUCUAACCUCAAACCCAAGUUACAAGCACAAUGUUGCUCUACUAUUAAGUCCAUGUUACCCAGAUACAUUCUUUGAUGUAUUUUUCAAUAUAUAAAGAAUUAUUAUACAACAGACAAAUUAUAUGUAUGUCGUAGUAAUGGCAA